CAAACCUAUCACAAUGAAGUUAGCUGUGCUUGCGCUCGCCUUCGUCCUGUGCUUGGCAUACGCCACGGCCGAUAUCGAUUACUCCGUGGAGGAUAAUGAAAUAGCGGAGUUCGCUCCUUUGGGUCUCGCCGAUGAACUUGGCGAUGCGGAUACAUUCAGCGUGUUCGGUAUAUUAUGGUUUACUCUUACUGCCAGUUUGCGUACACUCAAAGGUGUCAAUUGCACCAUACGCCGUGUGAUGAGCAUACGCGAUGAAGGCGUUAAUUUCCUCAAUGCCUUCAAGGACUGUAACACUGCCGCUUUGAAGGACCUGAACGCUGUGAUUAAUCAAGUACAAGCUGUGGUGAACACUUGCAAUGAUAUUAUCCAUUUGAACAGCAAUGUUUGCAAAAAUGGCGCUCUGGAUGAUCAGACUGAUGCCAAGAAAAAUACACCUAUCGUCUGUUUCUUUAAGUUGUUGGGUAAAAUGCUGAAGCUGAAGGGUCAGAUUGGUAAGACGAUUACCUUGUCGAAGAAGUUGUCAUCCACACCGGGCACCUAUGGCACUUGCAAUAUGUCGGCAGUGAGCGAUUUGGUUUCGGUAUUCACACAAUUCCCGUCUUACGUGAAGACUUGCUCGAAGUUGAAGAAUUAAAUGGUGAAUUUUUUGUUCGCUGUAAAUUUUGAUAGGACGAAGAAUAAAUUGAAAUCGCUUUAAGUUGCAUAAAAA